AUGAAAAGCAAAUUUAGACAACUGAAUGAAGCUGAGUUCAAAGGAGUAGCUGAGAAGAUAGAUCAAGCCAGACAAACCAUUCAUCAAAUACAAAGCCAGAUGCAAAAUAGCUAUAGUGACCUACUGCAAGAACAAGAGAAAGAAUGGUUGCAAAAGUUGGAGACAUGGUCAAUGGUGGAAGAGAAGAUACUACAACAAAAGGCAAGAAACUGGAUCAAGUUGGGUGAUGCCAAUAAUAAGUUCUUCUCUGCAGUAAUAAAGGAGAGACAACAGAGGAAACAACUUGUUGAGCUACAAACACUGUCAGGAAAUACCAUAACAGAUCAUGCAGCUAUAAAGGAGGAGAUUGUAUCCUUCUACAAAAGCUUAAUGGGUACUAGUGCACAUGUACUUCUGGCUGUGGACAAGAUGGUAAUGAGGAAAGGACCUACUCUGACAAAGCAACAUCAACAAGACUUGAUAGCUAAAGUUACUUGUCAAGAGAUAGAUGAAGCUUUGAAAGGGAUAGGAAAUGAUAAAGCACCAGGUAUAGAUGGGUACAAUGCAUAA